UAUCGUAUUCCUCUCCAUGCGCUGAACAAGAAAUUUGGCCUGUAUAGGAAGAUCGUGGCCCACCUCAGCUCUUCGUCCCAUUGUAACGCUUCCCAUAUGCGUGAUGUAUAUGCCUCAAUCAUGGACUACAUGAAUGAAGUACGGAUUGCAUUCAUGGACGACGCUGCACAGUCUCCAGAUGCAUUGCAUGGCAAAUUCAGAUCCCCAGCGCUCGAUUACUAUCUCUGGUUGGAUCACAUAUCCAGUGGCUUUGACGCCAAGGAUCGCGAAGACCUACAAGCGACUCAUGGGGUGACCUUUAAACAUGUGCAGAAUUCA